UCCUGAGCCCCAGUACAGUGGUGAUCAGGACUCAGGAGUGCUGGCUGCCUGUCUCCAACUCCAACUAAGCAGAGAGAGAGAGAGAGCGCUCUGCACAGAUUCUGGGGAAGCGGGAACCUAAGCAAGCAGACAGAGAAACACAGAGAGCGCUUAGUUGCGCUUGCACACUCCUCCAUAUGGCGACGCUUCACUCGCCUUCUCUCGUCUAACAUUGAACACGCUCCCCUCCACUGCUGCUUCUGCUCUCUGUCUCUGUCUCUCUCUCUCUCUGUUCAACACCAAACACUUGCCUUUUGACCGGACAACGGUCAUGCCACCACCCGGCCCACCGCCGCUACCACCACCAUCACCACCACCACCACUACUACUACCAUCCGUGGCGACUAAGAUGACUACUCUUCUCUUCCUCUUCGUGGUUCUCUCAACCACCAAUAUCUUAUCUUGCGCGGAAAGGAGCCCCGAAGCCCUGGCAGAGAUCCAGGCAUUGAUAUCGUUCAAACUUAAUCUGCAUGAUCCGCUGGCUGCAUUGAAUGGCUGGGAUGCAUCGACAGCAUCCGCUCCCUGCGACUGGAGAGGCAUUGUUUGCUACGAUGGCCGGGUUAGCGAGCUACGCCUUCCUCGUCUCCAACUUGCUGGUCAACUCACUGAACAUAUCGGUAAACUCACCGAGCUUCGCAAGCUUAGCCUCCGUUCCAAUGCCUUCAAUGGAAGUAUCCCAUCUUCUCUUUCCAAAUGCACGCGCCUCCGGGCUGUGUUCUUGCAGUAUAACUCGUUCUCCGGCCGCCUUCCGCCGGAGAUCUUCAAUCUCACUGAUCUUCAAGUCUUUAAUGUGGCUCAGAAUCUUUUAUCGGGCGGAAUCUCCGGUGAUCUCCCUCAGAAUCUCCGGUACCUCGAUUUAUCUUCCAAUGCCUUCUCUGGCGAGAUCCCGAAGAACUUCACUGCUGCAUCCGGGGUUCAACUCAUUAACCUCUCGUUCAACAAGUUCACCGGAGAGAUUCCGGCGAGCUUUGGAGAGCUUCAACAGCUUGAGUAUCUGUGGUUGGACUGGAAUCUAUUGCAAGGAACACUGCCUUCAGCGCUUGCAAAUUGUUCUUCACUCGUGCAUUUGAGUGUUCAAGGCAAUGCGCUUCGAGGUGUAAUCCCGGCCGCUAUUGGAGCUCUUCCUAGACUUCAGGUUCUUUCGCUCCAACAAAAUAGCCUCUCCGGUUCGGUUCCUUCUUCUCUAUUUUGCAAUGUGUCAAGUAGUCCUCCGUCACUUCGAAUCGUUAUGCUUGGAUUUAAUGCGUUCACGGGCCUUAUUCCACCGUCAAAGGCAACAUUUUUUAGUCCUUUGCAGGUGUUAGAUCUUCAGCAGAACAGAAUACGCGGCUUAUUCCCGCUGUGGUUGACGAAUGUGUCGACGCUAACAGUGCUGGACAUUUCAGGGAACUCAUUCUCCGGCAUGUUACCUGUCGAGAUCGGUAACCUUUCGAUGUUAAAGGAGCUCAAACUGGCAAACAAUUCAUUUAAUGGUUCUGUUCCAGUGGAGAUCGGAAAGUGCAGCUUGUUAAGCGUUCUUGACCUCGAAGGGAAUCGUUUUUCCAGUGAAGUUCCUUCAUUUAUAGGAGAGCUAAGGGGUCUGAAGAUGUUAUCUCUUGGAGGGAAUUUCUUCUCUGGCCAGAUUCCGAAUUCUUUCUCUAAUCUGUAUGAGAUGGAAAUACUGAACCUAAGGCAAAACAACCUGACUGGUAGUGUGCCGGAAGAGCUAAUGCGAUUGAGCAAUUUGACUACUUUGAAUCUCAGUGGCAACAGAUUUAAUGGUGAAAUUCCUUCGAGUGUAGGCAACUUACGAAGGCUACUUGUUCUGAAUAUGAGUGGUAAUGGUUUCUCAGGAAGGAUACCAUCCAGCAUUGGAAGUCUGUUGGACCUUAGGACUCUGGAUUUGAGUCGGCAGAACCUCUCUGGUGAGUUGCCGCUCGAGCUUUCAGGUUUGCCAAAUCUGCAAAUAAUUGCAUUGCAAGACAAUGCACUAUCUGGGGAUGUACCUGAAGGUUUCAGUAGCUUAUUGGGUUUAAGGUAUUUGAACCUCACAUCAAAUGCUUUUUCUGGGGAGAUUCCAGCAACCUACGGCUUCCUCAAAUCAUUGCUUGUUGUCUCAUUAUCCAACAAUCGCAUUUCAGGCACGAUUCCGGUGGAACUCGGCAACUGCUCCGAUCUGGAAAUCCUUCAGCUUCGUUCAAAUCGUUUGAGUGGCCAAAUUCCAGUUCAGCUUUCUCAUCUCUCUCACUUGAACGAGAUUGACUUGGGGCAGAACAAUUUCUCGGGUGAAAUACCAGAGGAAAUAUCCAAAUGUUCAUCUCUAACUUCUUUGUUAUUAGAUGAAAAUCAGCUGGUGGGUUCCAUACCAGACUCACUAUCUAACCUAUCAAAUCUAACCAUGCUAACCCUCUCUACGAACCACUUGACUGGGAUGAUCCCGACAAAUCUGACUCGUCUUUCUGGUUUAAAAUACUUCAACGUAUCAAGGAACAACCUGGAGGGAGAGAUUCCAGAGGUGCUGGGUUCCCGAUUCAACGACCCUUCUGCAUUUGCAAUGAAUAAAAAUCUAUGCGGAAAGCCGUUGGAUGUAAAAUGUCAGAAUGUAUCCAACAACAGGAAGAAGAGGAAGAGGCUUAUUCUGCUGGUUAUUGUUACAGUAGCUGGAGCUUGUCUUGCGACCUUAUGUUUCUGCUGCUAUGUUUUCAGUCUCUUAUGGUGGCGGAAGCGCCUCCGAGAUAGGGAAGCUGGGGAAAAGAAGCACAGCCCAGCACGCGCAAGCUCAGGAGCAGACGGUGGUCGCGGCAGCGGAGAGAAUGGGGGGCCAAAGCUUGUCAUGUUCAACAAUAAGAUCACUUACGCAGAGACGUUGGAUGCAACGAGGCAGUUUGAUGAAGAGAAUGUGCUGAGCAGGGGUCGUUACGGUCUGGUGUUCAAAGCCUGCUUCCAGGAUGGGACGGUUCUGUCAAUCCGUCGUCUCCCUGAUGGAUCAGUUGAGGAGGGGACCUUCCGAAAGGAAGCUGAAUCGCUUGGGAAGGUGAAAAGCAGAAAUCUAACAGUUCUCCGAGGGUACUAUGCAGCGCCACCUGAUAUCCGGCUGCUUGUCUAUGAUUACAUGCCCAAUGGCAACCUAGCUACUCUUCUUCAAGAAGCAUCUCAUCAGGAUGGGAAUGUGCUCAAUUGGCCGAUGCGCCAUCUCAUUGCUCUUGGGGUUGCUCGAGGGCUGGCCUUCCUGCACUCAUCCAACAUGGUUCAUGGUGAUGUUAAGCCACAGAAUGUGCUAUUCGAUGCUGACUUCGAAGCCCAUCUCUCGGAUUUUGGACUUGAACGUUUAGCAGUUGCAACGCCGGCUGAACCAUCAACGUCGUCCACCUCUGUUGGGUCACUGGGAUAUGUAUCGCCUGAGGCAGCUUUGACUGGGCAAGUGACCAAGGAAGCUGAUGUAUACAGUUUUGGGAUUGUGCUUUUAGAGCUAUUGACGGGCAGGAGGCCGGUGAUGUUCACACAGGAUGAGGACAUAGUUAAGUGGGUGAAGAGGCAGUUGCAGAGAGGCCAGAUAUCUGAAUUGCUUGAGCCCGGGCUCCUUGAGCUUGAUCCGGAAUCAUCUGAGUGGGAAGAAUUCCUGCUAGGUGUUAAGGUUGGCCUUUUGUGCACAGCACCAGACCCUCUUGACCGGCCAUCCAUGGCUGACAUUGUCUUCAUGCUUGAAGGUUGCCGGGUUGGGCCUGACAUCCCCUCCUCUACAGACCCUACCUCUCAACCAUCUCCUGCAUGAGGGAGAGAAGGGAAUAAGCAGGAGAGGAGAUGGAUUAUUGAAGAAAUUGUCUUGGUUGGGAUAGAGUUGCAGCUACAAUCACUAAGAUGUGCUCCAGCCCUUGCUUUGCAAUUCGGAUCCCAUUCUUUCCUAAUUGUAGUUAACAGUUCUUUUCUCAUUGAUGAGUUUAUCAUGUUCAUCAAGUUUCUGUCUUUGUGAAACUUUUUUUUUUCCAAUUGUGAUUAAGAUAGAAUUACUGAAUUAUAGUGUUGUGAUUAAUUGUGAUGCAUAAUGUUCCCUGUAUGAUUAA